UAAUGACAAUGUACUGACAAUGAAACGUUGUCAUUGUUUAAAUUAUGACAAUAUCAUGACCAUUGCAAUUACACUAAUCAUUUAUCAACAAAUUGAUAAUGUAGAUAUCAGCAAAAGUAACAUAAAAUCAAGAAAAAGAAAAGUUAAAAUUGAUUUUGUCGCCAUAAGAUCAACGCAUCAAUAUUAAAACUUAAAAGAGCAAAUCACAAAAAUUAAUCAAAAAUAUAUUACUUCAAAAAUUAACAUAAACUCAAGAAAAACAAAAAAUAGUUAAAAGUUAAGAGGUACUCCAUAAAAAAGGAAAGAAGCACGUGUAGCUGGAAAAACCAAAAGGAGAGAGAGCUCUCUACCGGCGGAAAAAAGAGGAGAACCAAAUGGCAGGAGAAAAAGCUACGAGAUCAUCGGCAGACGAAGAAGAAAUAGGAGGAGAAGGAGGAGAAGGGAUUUCUGCCGCCGACCAACGUCGUUGACGUUGAGGAGCCAUCGCCGCAUCACCGACUCACCGUGACGCCGCUGCAGCGUGGUUCUGCGCUGCGUUUUCUCUGGUGUUUCUCAUCUCUAUUUGCACCACCAUCUUCCUCUUCCUCACGAGAAGAGGAAGGGAGGAGGUGAUGAAGAACAUAUCUGUAACAUCUUCGACGGAAUCGAUUAGCCGAUCUAGUUGUUGCGCCACUUGCUACCGGCCAGAUUUGGCCGAUUCCGGCGAUUGGGAGGUGCGCCACCUUCGCCGGUUAGAUUUAGUCAAUUCCUGUUCAAUCUAUAAGCUGUUUGUCAAACUAGAAGGCCGAACUCUCCUUUCGCUCCUAUGCUCCCUUGAGGCCAGUCGGUGAGGAACGGACACAGGCCAAACAAUAAAAAAUUAAGGGCAAAUCCGGUAAUACGAAAAUAUAUGGUCCUAUUCACGGAUAAAAAAAGAGUAGGUCCUAUUUGGUUACAUAAACUCAAUUUUAGUCUUAUAUAACACCAUUUCUCUAAUAUUUAAUGAACCAAGUGAAGGAUAUACAAUUAUUGAGAGAGGAGGAAGGCGGCAGAGAUAUGCCAACAACCAGAAUUUUGUUUCUGAAGGCAAAUCUACGCUACUCAAUUUAGGUUAUCCAUCUCAACUUUUUGCAUAUUUCCCCCACUGUUAACUUCUGUACCGUUAAAACAAAGAAAAGUUAAAUGCCCUCUUUUUAGGUAUUUUAAAGUUUUUUGCACAAAAGAAACGUUUAAGAGCAUUGAUGCCCUUUGUUGACUCUAAUAAUACUUGGGAUCUGGUGCCAUUUGAUAACACUAAAAAUGUCGUGGGCUCUAAGUGGAUUUUUAAGACAAAAUAUAAUUCAGAUGGUUCCAUUGAGCGUCAUAAAGCUCGUUUGGUAGCUCAAGGGUUUAAUCAGCAAGCAGGUGUAGAUUUCUCUGAAACUUUUAGUCCAGUUAUUAAACCCACCACUGUUCGUAUUGUUCUUACACUAAUUAUUUCUUUUGGGUGGGUUAUUCGUCAGUUGGAUGUCAAAAAUGCUUUUCUGCAUGGUCACCUCACCGAGGAAGUAUAUAUGUGUCAGCCGCGGGGUUUCAUUCAUCCUUUGUUUCCUAAUCAUUUAUGUAGAUUGCGAAAAGCAAUUUAUGGUCUUAAACAAGUCCCGCGAGCGUGGUUUCACAAAAGGUUUAUUUCUUUCUCAGCAUAAAUAUGUUUCUGAUCUUCUUUCUCGUUUUCAUCUCCACACCAUUAAAUCUGUCCGUACUCCGCUUGCUACUCGCACCUCUUUAUCCUUCACUGAUGGGGAGCUUCUUGCAGAUGCCACUGAGUAUCGUAGUAUGGUUGGUGUGUUACAGUAUUUAACUUUGACACGACCUGAUAUUACAUGUGUUGUACAUUUAGUGUCCCAGUUUAUGCAUGCCCCUCGUACUACUCAUUUGUUUGCGGUCAAGCGCAUUUUUAGAUACUUGCAGGGAACACUUGACCAUGGAUUAUGACUUCAGCCGACCACUCAGGCUUCCUGUGUGAUUGCUUAUUCAGACGCAGAUUGGGCAGGCUGCCCAGACACGACCCGUUCUACGAUUGGUUUUGCAGUUUUCUUGGGGCCUAAUCUGGUCUCAUGGAAGUCCAAGAAGCAGGCUACCGUGUCUAAGUCCUCUACAGAAGCUGAGUAUAGAGUUGUUGCUUAUACUGUCCGGGAUACAUUGCAUAUUCGUUCGGUGCUGUUUGAGCUUGGCUUUCCGGCGACCGUUCCAGUUCAGCUAUUCUGUGAUAACAUCUUUGCAUCAUAUUUGACUGUCAAUCCUGUCCAGCAUGCUCGUAGCAAGCACAUCCAGAUUGAUUACCAUUUUGUUCGAGAACGUGUGGCUCAUGGAGACCUGGUCAUGAAGUACAUCCAUGCUCAACUGCAGUUAGCUGAUAUUUUUACUAAAAGUCUUUCUAGUCAGCAAUUUCAUUUUUUGAAGAACAACCUGCGCGUUGUAUCUCCCGCACAGUUUGAGGGGGUGUACUAGAAUAUUAUUAGGCAUAUUUGUUUCCUAAUCUGUUUAAAACUCUUUUAUUAUAUAUAUUCAGACCAG